CUAUCCGCAGCGCACACAACUGUCAUCAUGUCUGCCAUCUUCAAUUUCCAGUCGUUACUAUUGGUCAUCCUGCUUUUAAUAUGUACUUGUACUUAUAUUCGUGCCCAAGCUCCUUCAUUGAUUGAUCGAAAUAAAACUGGUAUUCUAGGAUUAUUUUGGAAAGCGGCUAGGAUAGGUGAAAGACUCAGUCCUUAUGUAUCUCUUGCUUGCAUUAUUAUGGCUAUUAGUAUCAUGAUCUCUUGAAGGAAUACUUACUAUAUCCCAUCAUUCCAAAUUAUAUUCUUUUCAUAGUGAAAUACUCAUAUACAUCGUACACCUCUACACUCUCUCAGACACACACACAUAUAUACAUACACAAAUAUAUAUAUUAUACACAAUUCUAUACGACACAGUUACCAUCCAAAACAUUCUAUUUUUUUUUUUCUAUCAUAUCUCUUUUUUUUAUAUAUUAUUAUUAUUUAAUAAUAAAGUAAAAUUCAUGAAUAAUCACUAUA